UCCUUCCGGUCGUCAUGGCGGCGCCCGGCGGGCUCUUGCUGGCGCUGCCGCUGCUGCUCCUGCCGCUCUCUGCCCCGCCGGCGCGGGCCGUCUACGAGGACCAAGUGGGCAAGUUCGACUGGAGGCAGCAGUACGUGGGGAAGCUCAAAUUUGCCUUCCUGGAAGCCUCCCCCGCCUCCAAGAAGCUGAUCGUGGCCACCGAGAAGAACGUGGCGGCCGCCCUGAGCCCCCGCACUGGAGAAAUCCGUGAGUGUCGCGGCGCCCCGCCUUGCCUUGCCCCCGCAGAGCACGGAGCGGAAGGUCGUGGGGUUGCCGCUGCAGGGGGUCGGGCCCCCUCCGAAGGAAGAGCACCCUCCCCUCGGUGCUUGCGCGGGGCGUUUUCAAAAUAUGUACCUGACCCUGAUUUUUCUCUAGUGUGGCGACACGUGGACAAAGGCUUUAACUAAGCUAACCACAUAAUGAGAAGACAGGACACCCUGGAGAAGAUGCUGAUGCUAGGGAGAGAGGAGGGCAAAAGGAAGAGGGGCCGACCAAGGGCAAGGUGGAUGGAUGAUAUUCUACAGGUGACGGACUCGUCCCUGGGGGAGCUGGGGGUGCUGACGACCGGCAGGAAGCUCUGGCGUGGGCUGGUCCAUGAAGUCACAGAGUCGGAAGCGACUGAACGAAUAAACAACAAGUUAACCGUAGCGGCAAGGGCAGUCUACCCGCCGGCAGAAACAGAAAAACGUCUGCUCAGCUGUUGUGGGAUGUGAGAGAGAAAAGGAAAAAGGUGUUUAGCUCCAAAGACUAAAGGUGGUGCUAAUAUCUUACAGCAUGCUAAAUGCUGAGGUGGCUCAAACUCUUAUGUCUGUCUGUCUGUCUGUCUGUCUUUCUAUCCAUCCAUCCAUCCAUCCAUCCAUCUAAUUUGUCCCCGCCCAUCUCCUCCCGUCAGGAGACUCUGGGUGGUUUACAACAAUCGAUUCUAACUAUAAGGACGCUGACCUUAAUACUGAAGCAGCUGAUCCAGUCCCUUAAGCGUAUGGGCCAGAGGGACAAGGAUAUGGAGCAGAGGGAGGGGAGAUGGUGAAUUGAGGGGUGGCUGAGCGUUCCACUGAAUCCCUCCAACCUUAGAGAAGGAUGUUCAAGAGACCAUCUCUGGUGCCUGCAACAGCUAUUGCAGUCUUUAUUGUUCUGGGAUAGGAAGCCAGAGAAGCAUCUGUGCCAUGCCGUGCCAUUGGUUUACUUCCCUCCCAGUUAUUUAGCGGUUGGAGGCCAUUCUCUGUGCUCAGUUGUCACCGGACUGUUUGAGAGACUUCCCUGUGUCUCCCCCCCCGCCAAUAUUCAUGUCCACAUCAUCUAGAAUGCAGGAGAUCCAGGAUUGGGUCUCCUGCUAGUCCUCGCUAUUCAGGGACCCCAUCUCCCUGCUCCCCCUUUCCUUUAUUUCCACCCACAGAAAUUCAGACCCCUCCAUCUGUCUGUUCACAUUGGAAGAGAGGUGGUGAAAGUUGCACUGUUCUGGUAAAGCUUUGGGGAAAAAGCUGGGCAUAGCAAUGGCUGAGUUUGUUUUUUUCAAGGAAGUCCCUGAUGAGGGUGGCCAAGUUUGUGAGUGCAGUUGUGACCUCACACUGGCUCACCACCAGGGUCUAACCCUCACCCUCACUGAAAUCAUUACAGGAUUGGUUCCAUUAAAAGAGAUCGCUCGCUGUUGGAAUAGAAGUAGCAACGCGGAAUUAACUGAAACGUACACAUAAUGUUCUAAGUGAAUUUAUAGAGUUUAAUACGUGUUGUGUUUUGAUUGCCUUAUAUAACUAUAAAUACAAGGUAUUUUUCAUUUUUUUUUAAUUUAAAAAAACUUGAUGAUUCAAGUAAAAAAAAUAAACUAAGGAGCCUAAUUUCAGUCUGCUCUGGAUAUUUUACAUAACGGUGAUACUCUUUUUAGAGUUCUAUCAGACAAGUCGAAUUUGGGAAAAGUCUUGAGGAGGUGAGAAAUUUUCUAAUUGCAUUGCCUAGAAAAAAGUCGGGAGAAAUUACAUUUUUUUAAUGUAAUUAAAAUGAUGGGCAUUGGGCAUCACGAAUCCCUUUGCGGGGAACAUUCGUGGCCAAGUCAUCUCUCAUUCAGAGAUCCAGGGUUGCGUCUCCUCAGUGAAGAGACCCACCUGCAACAUACAGGGCAAGGACUGUCACCGCCACCGUGCAGGACAGGCGGGCAGAAGGCCGGCAGAGGCACCCAUGGACACCCUCGAGCGCUCGGGAGACACGGUGGAAACUCCCGAAUCUCACCAUACACGGACAGGCUCAACCCAGUUCCAACUGGGACGCUGGGAGCAUCCCGGACCAAGCCAGAUCCAGAGACGCCAAGAGUGGAAUUCCUGGAAGCUGGGCAUUUGGACAGACCAGCCAUCAGCAGACACAUGGAGACAAACCCUGUUCACACGCCAUUCAAAAGCACCAAUAAAAAAGCCAAGGAGGAAACAGAGGGGCCAGAACGCGUCCUCGCCAGCAGCCCAUGCCCAGAGAAGCAGGGAUUACCCCAGACAGUCAGUCAGGUGGAAAACGGCCCUCAUCAAGGGACUGCCCAGGAGGAAACCACGCCCCCACCAACACUAGCAGGGCAAGCGGCUGCACACGUUCCCAGAUCGGGGGCUCUGCUCACCUUGCGAUGGCUCCCUUACUGUGGUUAAUACUCUCCCCUUUCGUUCAGUGGGACUUGGGAUAGCUAUUUUUAAUUGUGACUGUUUUUAUCUAUUUAUUUUUUAAUUAAGUGUUGUACGCCUCCCAGAGUCACUUUGAUGUGAGAUGGGCAGCUAUAUAAAUCUGACCAAUAAAUAGUAAAAAUAAAAUAAGCAGGGCACCCCCCCCCACACACACUAGCACUGGUGAUGUUCCCUAGCCGGGUAAUGAAACGCCGGCAAGCCAACCGCCAAGCCAGAGAGCCCCGAGGACUCCACGAUUCAGCCCUGAGCUACGGAGAUUCCCUUCGAUUGGAUCCCAGUCUGGAACUCAAGAAAGCAAGAUCCUUUGACUUGCCAUCGUUUUGGAAAACAUUAUUUACCCAGAAGACUGUUUCUACUGUACCAUUUUACUAUUUUGUUAUAUUUUAAUUAAUGUUUUUUUCCUGUUUUAUGCAACCUGCCCAGAGUCGCUCUCGGAGUGAGAUGGGUGGGGAAUAAAUUUCACAAAUCAAUAAAUAAA